CCCGGCGUCAAUCUACACAAACACAGAUACCGGGGACAUUCGCGAUUUUCCUUCUGUCCCAGUUCGCAGUCCUAGCAUCUCAUACCCGCACCAUUACUUACCAUCAUGCAAUCUAACGGUUCUAUCGGCUCACAUGGUCAUGAUGACUUGACCCGCUCGUGGAGAAUUGUCCAGUCUCAGCCUGUAUUGAUGAAAGCCAUGAUGUCUCUCGACGAGAUGAUGAACGCAAAAGAUGGAGAGAUCAACAGGUUAAAAAAAGAUAAAGAAGAUCUUUUUGUUCUCGUCAAUAAACUCGGCCACUGGAUUUCAACAUCAUUGAAACCUCCGGAUGAACUUGCUGUGCAAUUAAGAAAGUAUAGCACCGCUGCAGCCAAUUUAGAAAGUCCCCGUCGCAAUCACAAUGAUCCAUCCGUCGCCAUGGCACCGUUUUCAGAACCUGCGAUUUUCCAGCCUCAAGCAGUUGCACAUUUCCAAACGCAAUCUUUUCAACCCGAGCCUUUUCCAUCCGAAUCAUUUCCAUCGCAGUCUUUUCCGCCCGGCCUGACAACCACAAUGGGCUCAGAUGACUAUCUCUAUACGGGGCCACCAGGUGAUGGACGUAACGGGGCGCAGAUAAAUGUUGAUAGCAUAGACCCGCCGAAUUACAUUCGAAUGGCUCUCCGAAGUGCUUCAAAGACUUAAAGGGGCUCAUUGUGCUUUCAGUUCUCUAUCCAUAGGCUAUUUCUGCUAUUUGGUUUUUCUUGUCUGCUCCCAUUUCCACCAUGUCCACUCCUGAAGCCCAAUUUUGGCGACAAUGGCUUAGCAAUGUUGUUACCACUGAACAUACCUCUGUUGAGGACGUCGCAUCAGAUAAUAUGCAAGAAGCCAGCAAUAACAAAGUUCUA